AUGAUGUCCAUGCCAUGAGGUCCGGAUGGUCAUAUCUGGCUUAUUUGUGCCGCUUCACAGAGGGAUUUUUUUGAUCAGCCUUGAGCCAUGCCGGGUCCAGAGGCGCGUCGAUUGGCCACAUGCUCCGCGAACACCUUCUCGCAGAACCGCCUGCCCUUCGGGAUUCAGUCUCCGAUGGUCCUGGUGCUGGACGCCAAGAGCCUCGAAGAAGGGCAGAUCAUCGGGGUUCUCCAAGAAGGGGACCUCAUCGGAGCGAGCCUGGUGGAGCACCCUUGGGUGAUGCUGCCGGAGAAUUCCUUCGUGCGGCAUCCGAAGAUGAGACAGGGCCGGAUUAAGCUGCUUCGCCCCGGCUGGGUCAUGAGUCAACACCCGCAGUAUGGCGAUCUCUUGCAUGCGGUGAGCAUGGAUCAGGUCAGAAAGCUCUUCGCAGAGGAGGCCUUUGCCAAGCUCCCAAUGGUGAAAGAGGCCGCCCAAACGAACAAUAAGCCAGUGGAGGGUGGGGGUGAGCCCCAAGGUUAUCCUGGGUCAAGGGCGCCAGCUGAGCCGAAAGCGACGCCUGCGCCCAGUCAGCCCAAAGCGCCACCAGCACCAGCAGCUUCGGCUCAGCCCAAAGCGCCGCAGCUGCCUACAGCAGCUUCGCCUCCAGCAGCCCAGCCGAAAACAGCAACACCCAGUCAGCCAAAGGCAGUUGCACCAAAGCCGAGCAUGCCUGCGCCUGCACCAGAGGCCGCCUCAGCCGGCCGCAGUGCGGCCAGCGCACGGCAGGGCCGGUCUGAAGCAGCGUUGGUCAGCGGUGUGCCAAGAAGGCCCUGGUCAGCGGCACCUCCACCAGAGAUAGCUGUGGUGUCAGCGCCCUCAUCUCCUUUGGUGAAGGCGGCUUCUUCGCCCACUUCGCCAUCCCCUCAGUCACCCUCGCCCAAGGCGGCAGGAGGCGAAUCGGUCGCCCGGGGAUCUCAGACCUUGGCCAAGAUGCCGAAGCAGACCCGAGCAGCGCCGGAGCUGUGUCAACGGCACUUGCAGAUGUGCAACUGCGAGCACUGGAAGGUCAUCCACACCUUCGUUUUCGUGCGCUCGGAGGCCUCGUUGCAGAGCGAACCUUUAGCAGUGCUUCGGGAGGGCAGCCUGCUUUGCGCUGCACGCCCGGAGGAACCACGGUCCCUUGAUGGGAAGUGGGCCCGCUUGGGCAGCCAGGCGAAGGUCUGGCCCGAGAUCACCUCUGAGAAGCCCGACUUCGUGGCCCUGGGCCGGCAGGUUGGGAUGCUGCGGAAUACGACGAAUACGACGUUCGACCCCAUCGUGGCCUUCGAUGCCAUCUCGGGGAAUUGGAUCAACGUGCCCGAGGCCCUGCGGCCGGGGCACGUUGGGGUAGUGGCGAAGUUGGGCAUCCAAGCGGCGCACAAGAAGUUGGGCCAGGAGCGGAGCGAACUACACGUGGGCUUGGAGAACUUGCAGAAGCAGCUGAGAGGUAUGCAGGACCUGGGACUCUUUCGAACCAACGAAGCAGCGCUCUCCGCGGAGCACCACGUGACGCAGAUGAAUUCCACCAGUUCUCGGAUGGACUUUCUCGAGCGCUCCACGCCGCACGGCCCGGUGGUCGAACGGCCGACGAACUUGGUAAAGCAGCUGAAAGUGGCAGUGCAAAACCAUGUGGACUCCUUUAAUGCCUUCCUGAAGCAUGGGCUUGAUCACUCUGGCCUGGCAGCCGGGCUCGGCUGCGAGUGGGCAGCGCGCCACGAGGGUGAGGUCUUGAUUGCGUCAGUAUGCUUGGAUCAGUUGCAGAUUAGAUGCGGAGAAGGGGAAGAGUUCGUCGUGAUCGACAGCCGUGAUCAGAAGCUGCAAAGGCCUUAUCAGGGGUACUUUGCAUUUGUCCUUAACUACCUUGAGUUAGUCCUCAACUACUUGGAGUUGGUCUUGAGGUACUUGGCAUUUGUCCUUAACUACUUUGAGUUAGUCCUCAACUACUUGGAGUUGGUCUUCAGGUACUUGGCAUUUGUCCUUAACUACUUUGAGUUAGUCCUCAACUACUUGGAGUUGGUCUUCAGGAACUUGGAGUUUGUCCGCAGGUACUUGUUCUGUUUCUCAGGCAUUGCAGAAGAACUGGAAGCGAUUGAGCUCGAGGAUCCUCAGGGGAAAUCAGGGUCGACACCCGCCUCCCACUUCGUCGCGCAGGUCACCAAGCCCGUGCGCAAGCCUCACGCGGAAGGUGCGGAGAGCGAGGACGCCACCGUGGCCGCCGCAGCGGAGCCGAAGGCCGGUGAACGAGAGCUGCUCGGUGGGAGCGGGUGGGCCGAUGCCUCACUGGUCGGUGGGGUGCAGACGGAGCGGGUUCAAGCGCCGGUGGCUUCCAUCGGACUGCCGCAUGGCGCACGCCACCUACAGCGGGACUCUCAGUGCGAAGAUGGACGCUCGGUGCGAGCUGAGUCCAAGAAGACGUGGCCUGAGGACCGUGGAGGCCUCAGCCCCGAGAAGCUGGUGAAAGCGAAAGAGGACCGGACCGAGUCGGGUGGAUACUUCUUGCUGCGCGGCCUCGAGCGUGUGAUUCGCCUGCUCAUCAUGCCGCGUGCCAACUACCCCAUGGCCAUCAAUCGCCCCUCCUACCAGAACCGUGGCAAGCUCUACACCCAGCAUGCGGUUCUCAUGCGCUGCAUGCGCCAAGAUGGGAACCCUGGCAUGGAGAAUGGACCUGGAGGGACCUGGAGAGACCUGCUGUUCCAAGCCAAAUCACUUGAUGUAUGUUUAACAAAUGAGCUGGUGUUCUGUUUUUAA